UCAAAACUUCUAUUUCCUGCAAUAAGUUCAUCCUACAGUAAACUCAUAUAACAUGUCUUCUCUAAGAUACACAAUUUCACAUGACUCUAAAUCCAACUCUGAUGAGCUUAGAUGGGUCAUUCAAAUCCGUAGAACCCUUGAAGAAGAACUUGAGGAUGAUGGCGAGCUACCUGUAUCCAUCUUCAAUGUUCCCAAGCUCCUCAUGGUUAGUGAUCCAGAUUCCUACGUCCCUCAGCAAGUUGCAAUUGGCCCUUAUCAUUACUGGCGUCCAGAACUUUAUGAAAUGGAAAGGUACAAGCUUGCUGCUGCAAAAAGGUUCCAGAAACAACUACAAAACCUGAGGUUAGAAAAGUUCGUACAACAACUGACAAAGUUGGAGCAGAGGAUUCGUGCUUGCUACCACAAGUUCUUAGAUUUCAAUGGCGAAACAUUGGCGUGGAUGAUGGCAGUUGAUGCCUCAUUCUUGCUCGAGUUCCUUCAGGUUUAUGCCAUCGAAGAAGGAUCAAAAGUACCUGGGAAAUCGGCUCAUAAUGCAAUUUUGAGGGACAUAGUAAUGCUUGAGAAUCAACUUCCCUUGUUUGUUUUGAGAGAGAUGUUGGAGUUCAAGUUCACAUCUUUAGAAGAUGCAGAUGACUUACUGUUUUUAAUGGUUAUAGGAUUGUUCAAAGAGCUUUCUCCUUUCCAACUGAUGGAUGAUCAUCCGAACGUCCAAGUCUCAGAAUGUGCUCACUUGCUGGAUUUCUUUUAUGACAUGAUUGUGCCCAAAUUGGAACAACAAUCUGAUAUAGUUGAAGUUGACGAGGCUCAUCAACUUGAAGAAGAGCAAGAAGAGAAUGAAAAAUCAACCUCAAAUCCAAACUAUGUUAAGAGAUUCCUAAGUGAGCUCUGGAAGUUGCUUUCAAAAAUAAACAAAGGGCCAGUACGUCUGAUUAAGAAGGUACUACUAUCUAGACCUGUGAGAUUCAUCAUUAAGUUGCCUUGGACAAUCAUCUCCAACCUUCCUGGACUUAAAAUUCUUAAAGUGCCUGUAGAAUCCUUCUUCUUUUCCUUGCUAGAUAAAGAAGAAGAAGAAGAAGAAAAACCAGAAAAUGGGGAUUCAAGCUCCAAUAGUCUUAUUAAUAGACCACCAUUGGUAGAGGAAAUUGCUAUUCCAUCAGUUUCAGAACUCUUUGAUUCAGGGGUUCGUUUCUUACCCACAAAUAAAGGCAUAUCAAGCAUUGCUUUUGACACAAAAACACGCACAUUUCACCUUCCCACCAUUAAUCUAGACGUCAAUACUGAAGUUUUGUUGAGAAAUUUAGUUGCAUAUGAAGUAUCAGCAGCUUCAGGCCAGUUGGUUUUGACAAGAUACACUGAACUGAUGAAUGGGAUUAUAGAUUCUGAGGAGGAUGUGAAGAUACUGAGAGAAAAAGGGAUUGUUCAGAACCAUUUGAAGAGUGAUGAAGAAGUGGCUAACAUGUGGAACGGGAUGAACAGGUCUCUAAGAUUGACUAAGGUGACAUUCUUGGACGAGGCCAUUGAAGAUGUGAACAAGUACUAUAAUGGAAGAAUAAAGGUGAAAGCUUGGAAAUUAAUGAAGCUUUAUGUGUUCAGUUCAUGGCAGUGCUUGACAUUCCUGGCUGCCAUCUUGCUCUUGCUCUUGAUGACCUUGCAAGCCUUCUGCUCUGUUUAUACUUGCAGUCGCAUAUUUCAGGUGGAUGCUACUGAUGAAUGAUUGAUUCAUUUCAAAUUAACUGA